AUGACCCAUCAGUAUGAACUUGCAGCCCAGAAAGACAACCAUAACCUGGACUGCAUCACAAGAAAGAACAAUAGCUGCAUUCAGUUCUGGUACACAUACAGUGGAUUGUCUUAUGAGAACAUUGAUCAAGAUGGACUAAAAACAACAGCUCUGGAAAUGUUUUCACUUGCGUUAUCCCAGAAUUGUAGGCAUGAAAUAUUUCCAAUUAUAACUACUUUCAUUCUCCUUGGGCAAAGUAUUCAAAAGAUUUCAGACCUAGGGUACUGCCUGUUCCUCAAAGAGCUAUGAGAUGCUGAAUGCUGUGUAGUAGAAAAAAUGAAUGGUCCACAAAAAUAUGUAAAUUCACAAAAGCUUUCUUUUUAUUGCAAUGAAAUUUCCAGGGUGGAAAAUUUGGAAGAUCUAACAAAGCUGAAUCUACUUUUGUUGAAUAAUAACCUCAUCAAGAAUACAGAGGGCUUACAUACUUGGCAAAAUUUGCAAGUUGUCAACCUCUCUGGGAACUUAGUAGAAAAUACAGGAAGGCAGAGGUCUUUUUAUCAGCUGGAAUGUGAAUUGGCCAAGCUGCAAACACUGGGUAAAACAUCAAGUAAUAGAUCUCUAAGGAGUAAGAAUCUGGAAACCGAAAAUGCAGUUCAUGAUAAUGAAGGUACAGAAAAGACAUGUCUUGAAAAGGCAUUCUCACAAAAAAUAAAUGCACUGGAAAAAAAAAGAAUAACAUUCAAGGACAAAAAACUGAAUAAAAUUUUAAAAGAUUUCCAAGUAGAAAUGAAGAAAAGUUUGAAUUUAGUAGUACAAUUCUUGUUGAUGCAAUUGGAAAUAGAUUUAUUAGCACACAAUCAGAGGCUGAAAUUUAAGAAGUUUCAAGUAUUUCUGUAAAAAGAAGUUUUCAGUGUAGAAAAAACCACUUUUCUCCUCUGUAACAGUCUAAGCAUCUGUGAAUGUCCCAGAACAGAGUUUCUGAAACAAUAAGCUGAGGCAGAAGGCAAAACCGGCAGUGACCCUGAGAAGUCACUCAAGCACGAUCAGUGCCUGUUUUCUAUGUGCAAAAUAAUUGUGGAAGAGGAAAAAAGAAGCCCAGAAAGAUUUAUUCUGUCUCAUGAUUUGCAGCGUGAUGAUGAAGUUUUGAACAUGGAAAUGACAGUAAAGGUCAGUCCUUAGGUUGCUUUCUUGAAUGAAAAAGAGAACAACACCUAGGGGGAAAAAAACUGUAGCAGGCUACAGACUUUAAAUUUCAAUGGGAACAGCCUGAGCACACUAUAGGACAUCUCUAGAUUAAAAACCCUUCAAAAAAUUAUCACCAGCUUUAAUGAAUUUACUUCCUUUAAUAAUAUUCAUGACCUGCCCAGCCACGAAUAAUUUGAUGUGAGCCAUAACCACAUGAUGACUUUUGAGGGCAUCAGAGACUUCAGCAAACUGCAGUUCUUCAACCUGAGCUGGAACAAGCUGAAAAAUUCAAAGUGUGAUAUAAUAUUUCUAAAUAAUAAUAAUAUUGCUAACUUAAAUCUGGAUGACCAACUCUUCAGAAGUUCCAACUUUGAAAAAGUGGAGCAUUUAAGAUAAGCCUCAUUUAGCAACAGCAAUCGCCCACAAACAGAAGGAAUAGAGUCUAGUCUUGACCUCACUUUAGGUGAGAACUACAUCUCAACACUAAAUGGUACUAUGUUUACCGUGGAACUUCAAAGCUCAACCAAGAUUACACCACAUAGUGCAAAUAGUAACUGUCUUGUCAGCCUUAAAAGCGUGUUUGAAAAUCUGCCUUACUCUUAUCACACAUCCACUGAGAACAAUAUAAUCACAUCUUUAGCUUGUUUAAAUAAAAGUCUAGUAGAGCUAUACACAAAUAGUAACUGUAUGUCAAAAAAGAUUCAUCAUUUAAAGGGUUUAACUUAUCUUAUGAUUUGGGACAUAAGCAGAAAUUGAAUAGCCUGAAAACAAGAUCACUAGCAACUAUUUGUAUUAUUCCAUCAUCCCUCUCUCAAAGCCCUAGAUGCCACUGCAGUAGUAAAUUAUUGUGUGCAAAUUAUUUCUGGUGCUUCUUUUGUACCCCAUUUCUUACAAUCUAGCAUGUUAUGGAUCCGCUCAUGCUCUGUAUCUAAUUUCUACCAGUUUUCCAUGUUAUUUAUAUUCUCAAUCCUUCUGGUGCUAACGGACCAGUUUAGAAAUGCGUGCAGUGUAAAUUUACAGAACAAUAAUCUCAUGUCUUUCAGUGGUUAAAUCUUCAUUCCUAAUGCCAAGGUAUUGUGUCCGAACUACACUCACAUUGAACAAAUACUGCCUGGAUAAAAAUCUCCCAAAUCAGGUAACAAAGAGCAGCUGUACUGAAAGGUGGCCUCUCAUGGAUAUGGACAGCAAGCACUUGCAAAAGGGAGACUUCAAAGUCUCCAGUUUCUGCAGUUGGUAUUGGACCAUAACUGAAUUAAAACAGUUUCAUAAGGUUUACUUCAUAGACAGAACAUUCUGUUGACUCAUCAUCUGGAGCAAAUUUCAAACUCUCCAGAGGACUCUGGAUUUCCGGCACCGAGAGCAAACUUUACAAGGCAUAAUCAUUUCAGAAUAACAAAUGGGAAUCUGAAUGAAAACAGUAAGCAUUUAUUUGGCUCUGAUCUUGUAUUUGGUCAUGAACUUGAAGUGCCUUAG